CUUAUGGAAGCUUUGGAAACACAAAGUCGGAUCAAAUCAAGUUAAAUCAGGAGGUGUAGUGAUUUUGAAUUUGUGUGGAGUUGAGCUCUGGAAUUUGAAAAUGGCAGACGAAUCGUCGCAUUCAAUCAAGUUGAUGAACUUCGUCUCCGAGCAACAGUUAGAUGAAGCUAAAAGAUCUAGAGGUGAACGGAUUGAAGAUGGCACUGCUCAGAGGGAUAGGCCCUUGUACGAGAUUUUGAAGGAAAAUAAAGACAAGAAAGACGCAGAGUUUAAUGAACGGUUUAAACAUAGGCCACCCAAAGCUCUGGAUGAAGACGAAACUGAGUUUCUUGAUAAGUUGGAGACGUCGAGAAGGGAAUAUGAACGUCAAGUAGCAGAUGAGGAAGCUGAACAGUUGCAAAGUUUCCAAGCAGCUGUUGCAGCACAGUCGAAUAUCGUGCUUGAAGUAAAAGAAACGCCACCUGUUCCUGCAAGCCAGGAGCAAAAAGCAACCGGGAAGAAGCAUCCAGCGUCUCAGCCUCUAGGCAUGAUCAUAAAAGUGAAGCCACAGGCAAAAAGGGCAAAAACCGAGCACGGGGAAAAACUAGCAAGUGCAAUGAAAGCAUCCGGUGCCGAUAAUGUGAAACCACCCGAAGGUGAUCCCGAUAGGUCUCUUAAUGUUGCCAAGACAGGUCUUGUUUCAUACAGUGAUGAAAGUGAAGAUGAUGAUUAGGAACUAAGCAUGCCAAUCUUGUAAAUCG